AUGGCUACAGUGAAUCCCUUCUACAGCGAAUAUCCGACCAACUAUGGCAGCUCCUACUACCACUAUUCGCAGCCACCAAGCUGUGAUCAGUACAGCCCGGCCAACCAUAUUCGCCCAGCCGGUCUUCAGUAUUCGGAAAAUGUGCCCCAGCAACAGCAGCAGACGCAGCAGACGCAGCAGGCGCAGACACAACAAGAUCAAGUGGCCGUGGAUGCAUCUUCUGCGCAUCAGCCACUGGCGGAGUUAUCGAAACAAGUGCCCUACAGCCCGUUGAUGGUUCCAGCGACGACACAUGCGUACGGAUCCAGCCCUUAUCAGUACCACGGAAAUGAACAGUACAACACGAGCCAAUACUACUCUGGCACUCAGCAACCGCACUUUUCGCAGUACCAGAAUCAGCUCGAUGCGUACUAUAAUUAUCAGUAUCACACGAUGGGCCAUGCUAACGUUACGGCAAAUGCUUCAUUAGAUAGCAGCGUACCACCGUACCACCAGCACGGUCAGACACUGUCUUUAGACAGUGCAGGAUCAGAGGGUUCCUACCGUCGAAUGAGUCUUGAGGUUGCAGCUAAAUCGACCGCAGCGAAACGAAAAUGUCCCACAACGAACAACGAAGAUACGGACGAGGAGGGAUCGAGUGCUUCGGCCAAGGAUUCACCGGCUCUGCGUGCUCUACUUACUAACCCAGCGAAGAAGCUCAAAUACAAUCCGCACUACGUAGCCGUCACGGCGAAUCGAGCGGCCGGAUGUGGCACCGGUAUUCUGUCGCCUGCUAGUGACCGCAUCGUGCCCGACAUCAUCCCGAUAUCGCCGAACAAAACGGAUGACAGCAUCGAUAGCCUGUUGGAUAGCGCCAAGCAUGGCUACGAAUCGAUGGACGGCAUGAAGAUUGCGCUCAGUCAUCUGACCCAGCCGGCCACUCCUCGGUUUGAUGGCGUUAGCACUCCGCCUCUUUCACCAAAGGAUCUGGAAAGUGCAUUAUCAUCAUCUCCCCGACUACCGGAAGAGUCCGGAAAAUGGACACAAAAUGGCGAUACUGAUGAACGUGCAAAGGAAACGGCGAAGCGCACGCGUCAGUCCUAUUCCCGCCACCAAACGUUGGAGCUGGAGAAGGAGUUUCACUUUAAUCGCUACCUCACCCGAAGGCGUCGAAUUGAGAUUGCCAAUUCGCUAAAUCUGACUGAGCGGCAGAUUAAGAUCUGGUUUCAAAACAGGCGCAUGAAGGCCAAGAAAGAUUAUCAGUCGACCUCCUCGACACCCGAUCUAGCGUUCGAAGGCGAACUGUCCCAACCAGCGGCCACCAUGACGAUGCCAUCGUCCCAAUUCCCAGCAGCUUACGGUGCAACGCGGGUUAACGCGGCGAGUGGAAACCGCUACUCGCAGCGGCAACAGAAUAGGGAACGUUGGGAUGGGAUUGCUCGUCUGUACCUUUCAAAGUACCGCAACGGCCAGGCGUAA